AUGGCGCGGUAUGUUGACCUCGGGCAUCUUGACCUCUACCUGACUAUUUGCAAGCGCCGAUCCCCCGACGAUCCCAUCCACUGGAUGAUGAUGAUGCGCAACCCAGGCGCAGAGCGAUGCACCUGGCUUCACUGUACCGGCAAGCUCGGCGACCGUGAGACCGAGAUUGAAAUAGACAAGAGAUAUAGUAGCUGGGGAAUUGACACGAAAGACUUCCUAGUUCGAUUCCCAGCACAGUAUGGCCAUAAAGUCAUUGAACAGGCCCGGGCUCUUCCGAAACAGAGCUGUCGAUGGUGGGUUCUGUAUUUGAUGCUUAGACUCGAGCUCAAGGGCUUGAUGCCUCCUGGAACAUUUGACGAAUGGGAGAAGCAUCGUCGCACUGGAAGUACGGAGAACCUGGGAACAGGCUGUCUCGGAAAGUGUUCACGCCCCGGCGCUCUGUGUGCGCGUGUCAAAUGCUCAAAUAUGGAGUGUGGACGCAUUAAUUGCAGGAACGAAUGUCUGGGUGAGACUUACUGA